CACCACACCACCACCGCUGCGCCGGUCCAUCAUCAACGCCGCAAGCCGACUAUGGGCGAUAAGUUGAGCGGCGCAAUGAUGAAGUUGAGUGGCACGUUGACGCGCAAGCCGGGGAAGAAGGCUGCGGGGACGAGGAGGAUGAAUGGGACGGAUGGGAAGGGGUCGCAUCGU